AAAUGACAUCAAGUCAAAUGAACUCAUCUCCAAAAUCCAGUUAUCAAUCAGGUUAUCAGCCUGGAACUUUUAAACCUAAAAAAUCUAAAUAUGGUGGAAACAAGGCCAAUCAAAACGGAAUUAAGAUAAUUAGUGAUCGUGUAGUGCAAUAUAACAGUGAUGAGAAAAGAUCAAUUGAAAAAAUAGUGAAAAAAGUGAAACUCCAACGACGUGAAAUUUCCAAGACAGCCCCUGUCAUAAAUAUUGACUUUGACCUCCAAACGGUUGAAAAGAUGAAGAAAAAAAACUCAACCAGACGAUUGGGCCAUAAAUCAGCCGGUAGCACUCAAAGUGGUUCUAAAAUCCUGAAAGUCAAUAAUAAAAAAACAAGUGAAAUCAUGCAAGUGAGUACAGAAGAAAAAAAGUUAUGGAUUAAUAUGUUAGAAAAAGAUCUUGAUUUAUUCAAUCAAGUGAACUACAUUGAUAAGAAAAAGGAUCUGAAUAAAAUACAGGCUCGCGAAAAACGUUUAAAACUCGCGGAAAAAAAGAAGGCCGACUUUAUCGCUCGCGAAAAACGUCGCGAACUAGCUAAGGAAAAACAAAGACAAUUUAGAGCUCGCGAAUCAGAAAAAAAUCGAUCCAAGGACAACACAUCGAAGGAUAUCAUCCCUGAGCCCAUGAUGGAAUUGGAUUCAUCGAUCGAGAUCAUUCCCAGCACUCCAUCAGUCAUCAAUUUAAUCCUGGAACGCGAGGGUGAAGAUGCUCAGCUUGGACCAUUGAAUUUCGCGACCUCAACCCCGAAAAAACCGCGAAAAACUAUCGAGGAAAUCGAGGCCGUUCUAGUCGCGUUGGGCGCGAAUCUAGAACAAAGGAAUCGCGAGGACGAUUACGAAGGGCGAUGGGCUCCAACGCAGCGCCAAAAAGAGCUUGAUCAAAUUGCGAUGCAAUUGGAUCAAAGCGGGGAUGAUGAUGAUGAAGGAUUGGUCAUCCAGAGUCUUGAUUUCACCCCGUUAUCACCCAGUAACCGUUCGGGUUAAAAAUUCAUUAAACAUGUCUGUAUUUUUUUGAAUACCUGAAAUAAAAGUCAUACAUUUUAUUGCAUUACCUGUGAGUCUUGACUUUUUUUUUAUUGCUAGGCAAGACCCAAUAUUCCCUCUCCUGUCCCCAGCCCUUUUUUUUUCACGUAGAAGCUAG